AUGGCUACGAUAGGCCGAGGCUGGAACGACCUACCGGUAGAACUGCAGCUGAAAAUCCUCGAAUACCGUCUGUGUUCUGUCACCAGGCCAAUCUUAAAACAAGUUCAUGAUCGCAUUGCGUGGGAGCGCCUUGUCCCUCUGGCUUUAGUUGACAAACAUUUCAAAGUACUGGCUACAAAGAUCUACUACGGGUCGAACGCCUUUCACCUCGACGUCAGAGGCUACAGCCAAACGACUGCUUCUGGCCGGCAAAGCUUCUAUUGGUACGCGUAUCCAAAACCUUGUGUCGGCCACCUCGUUCGAAAGCUGCAAAUCGCUCUUCAAGUCACGCUUUGUCCCGACCUUUCCUCAUUGGAUCAGAUGCUGAGCGGCUUAUACUGCUCGCUGAAUCUACUCUUGAUUCCGAAUCAGCCGCAUCCCCUCUACCGCUCCCAGCGAACCCGAUGGCAAGCAUCUCUCCCCAAGUUGAACGAGCUGAAGCUUGACUUGAGGGAUUAUGUCGGCUGUACGAGGACUCAUUUCAGCCCGACGGAGCUUGGCUGGGUGGACCUGUGCCAUGUUUUGGUGCGGGCAAAGAAAGUGGAGGCUGUAUUCAAUAACGGCUGGAUUAGCCGCCGCGAGGACGGGUUCUUCUCCAAUGUGCAGGAUCGCCGCGCCGAUCCAUGUCCCUGCGUCAAGAGUCUUGUUGAUGCGAUCACGAGCUUGAUCAAGGUACGACAUGAUGAGGAAAAAUGCCAUGAUGGAAAUAACAUAACCGAUGCGCUGGACUCAGCGACAUCACAAAUGGUGAUGCCAGCUUGA